AUGAAGGAAGGAGGGCCUGGAUCUAGACCACUCACCCUCACCCACCAACCCAGCAUUCCGAGAGAGAGAGAGAGAGAGUGUGGGAGAGGCUGUUCUCACUUGCGCCCACCCCCUUUUGCUCACCCCACACUUCACAUGCUUUUGACCCAUGGGGACAGAGUGGUGGCAGAGGAGGUAGUGGUGACUCUUUCAGGAGGUGCACCAUGGGGUUUCCGAUUACAGGGAGGAGCUGAGCACCAAAUGCCCCUCCAAGUGUCAAAGGUGAGAAAGUGCAGUAAGGCAUGCAGGGCAGGGCUCAGAGAGACUGAUGAGCUGGUGUCAAUCAAUGACGUCUCCUGUGGAAUACUGUCUCAUGCUGAAGCUAUGAAACUCAUCGAUAGUGGCAAAGGAACCCUCCACCUGCGAAUCAAAAGGGCCCCAGCUGCUUAUCAACCAUUUGUGCUUCUGGGUCGAGCCCCCUCCCCUCAUAUCGUUAAGGAGUACCGGGCAGCGUUGAGAACUCUGUCGCCUCCACUUACCUCUAAACCACCUGGUGUUAACAGAGCAUCGCUCAUGUCCGCCACUGGUGGCCUAAAGUGCCUUACGUCCCGUCCAGACAGUGAGGCGUACUAUGGAGAGACAGACAGUGACGCUAAUGUGGCAGCAAAAGAGAGGCAGCGAAGACAGAGACGACGAAGCCCAAGUAGCUCACCUGCCAAGUGUCCUAGCCAAGCCUCCUUGCAGGAGGAGGAGACUUCAGGAACGAGUGGCUAUGAGAGUACCCAGGAUGUGUGCAUAUACCCCCAAAACAUAUCUGCUGGAUCUGAUCUAGAUGGAAUAGGGACUCAGAAACAGCACGCAAUGUCCGGGGUGGCCUGCAGAGAGGUGGUCCACCAGCCCUCGCAUGCUGAGUGGUCGCACCAAGCAGGAAAUUCCUCUGAGAAUUCCGACCAAAGUCUAACAGGAGCUGCUGAAGUGGACAGUGCCUUCCAAGAGCCCCCCACUGUCCCACCUCCUCUGGUUUCUCCAGAACGGUUCAAAGAGGCUCUCAUGCUGGCAUCUCACAGACAGAUGGUACCCAUGGUGGAUAACCCAGUGGAUGAAGAACUUAGUGUCACAUACAUGGACAAGGCCAAGCAAGCUAAGCUUCACAGGGGUGAGAGUUUACAGGAUAAUCAGGUGAAGGAGGCUCGAUCCAAGUGCCAAACCAUUGCCUCACUCUUGACUGAUGCUCCUAACCCUCACUCCAAAGGUGUGCUUAUGUUUAAGAAGCGACGGCAGCGUGCCAAAAAGUACACUCUUACCUGUUUUGACAGUGUAGACGGAGAAAGCUACAGUAACACAGUGGAAGAAACUGAGGAUGAAAGCUUGUUUCCUGGAAGCGAGUCUGAGCUUGACAAGGAAGUGUUUUAUGCUGCUCCAGACCCUACCUGGGAUAGUGGUUACCUGGACAUUCUAGACAAGAGAACUUCAGCAUUCAUUGUGCCUGACAGAUAUGUGGAGACCAGCCCGGGCCUGAACGCAACCUCAGGCAAAGGAGCCAAGCUUUUUGAACAACAGAGGAAAAGAUCAGAAGAACAUACAUCAAAACCUGUUACACCCACCUCCUUCUCCAUGCCACAGCAACAAGGAUACUCAACCCUGACAUAUACCCCAGUUACUCCAGUUACUCCCCUAACUUCUCAUAAUACUAGUAUGGUGAACUUGGAACCAUUGGUGGUGAGCAGGACAAGUGUUGUGUUAUCCUCUCUGGGCCAGACGCCAAUGCCAUCCAUGGCAGGAACAUUUUUAGAGCAAGUAGACUCAUCGGCUGCCAGCUCAGUGCACAACAGAACUGCCAGGCCAUUUGCCCCUGGCUGUGUGAACCACAGAGCAGCAACUGCUCCGGUUGUCUUCAGGCCCAACGCUGCCAAGAAGACUGGAUCCCAGGCUCUGUCCGUGGCCUUUUCCCCUGCUGGCUCGGAGAGGAAGAAAGCCAUCUCUAUAACAUCUCUGUAUAUCCCUGCCAGACCAGCUACCUUUAAUGGUCCUUCUAUGCUUUCUCCAUCAUCUUUAACUUCAGGUCCAUUUUCUCCUCCCCCUUUAAAUGCCUCACUUUUCUCCCCAACCCAUUCCAGCCCCUCUGCCCCUUUUUCUCCAUCAUCUUCUCAUGUAUCAUCCUUGAAUUUACCUUCUGGCAUGACCCAACCUUAUUCUCAAUCUCAAACACAGGCAAUGCCCCUCAGUCCUCCUUACCACAUGGGUUCUUCACAAUACCAGUCACAUCUACCAGUUCAUAUGCCUGCACAGCCCUUCUCUCCCCCAUUUGCAAAUGCCCCAGCCCCUACCUCUUCCCUUGCCCCUGCUCCUGUCCCAGAUCCUACCCCAGCCCUUGUCCAUGCCAAUGCUCCUGAAACACUAAAUGUGCAAUCUUCCCCACCCCACAAAGUACCUUUCAACCCAUACAUCUCUGUAGCAACAACUACCCCAGGAACUUUAGAUGCACCAGUGGCCCAGCAGUACCCCCUCUCCAAAACCACUGAUGGCAUCUCUUCUCGAGAGCAGCGGGUUUCAGUACCUGCCACCCGCACUGGCAUCCUGCAGGAGGCCUGUCGUCGUGGAACCAAGAAACCAAUGUUCAAUAUUAAAGAGGAGAAGAAGCCUCCAUCUUACAACCCUGAACUUCUGUCUCUAGUGCAGAACCUGGAUGACAAGUUUCACUCAGGUUUUGAGGCAGGGUUUGAGUUUGGCCCUGAGGAAGAUUUCCUCAAUCUGGGCGCUGAGGCUUGUAACUUCAUGCAGGCACAGAGAAAUAGGAUGCCACCUCCAGUAACUCCCAAACCAGCUCAUCCAGCUCCUGAGAUUUCCCAGAUGCGAGGUAAAGGAGCAGAGUUGUUUGCACGUAGACAGAGCCGCAUGGACCGCUUUGUGGUGGAUAAACAGCCCAAGUCUCCUGCACAACCUCGUGAUCCUUCACCCACACCCUCCCUCCCAACUAACUGGAAACUCUCUCCAAACAUCCGAGCCCCACCACCCAUUAAUUAUAAUCCACUGCUAUCACCAUCAUGCCCCCCAGUGGCCCAGCGUGGCAGCAAGGCCAAUGAUGCCUCAAAAGUUGGGGUUAAAACAGUGUCUGGUCAGCACAAACAGGGCAUAAAGGCUCUUGACUUUGUGAGCAGGCAGCCAUACCAGCUUAAUUCCUCCUUGUUCAUCUAUGGCAGUGGAGUUCCUCAGUCCAACACCACUUAUCAACAGCAGCAGAAUGGUGUCAGCUUGACAGGCACUUCCCUAAACAUGCCAAAGCAGGACAGCAUGACAGGCACUUCCCUUAACAUGCCAAAGCAGGUCCCUGUUAAAGCAAGCCGUGUGUACGAAAUCAAACGUUCCUCCACACCCACUCCCAUGUCUGCACCUACAGCCCUGACCCCUACUGUAAUUUCCCCUCGCUCUGCCACCACUCUUGGCGAGCCGAUGUGGUGUAGGGAUGUCACUUCUCCGCCUCCUGUUGCUCCACGAUCUGCAGCGCCAUUCUCCCCACCACCUCCAGCCCCGACAGCAGCCCUACCCACACUUCCCAAAAUGUCAACUGCCUCUGUGCUUAAUUCAGUGCCUAUCGCACAACCCUCUCCUAUACAAGUCUACACCCCAUUCCAGGCAGCCAAGCAGAUUAAGAGUGCCCCUGAGCUAAAUCCCCUGUCUGCUGGUAUGCAGUCCUCGUUGUCUGGGAGCAGUCCAAACCUGUGGGUACCCAGACCCCGCUUCAGUACAUCAAGCAUAGGGCUUCAACCGAAUGUGUGGAGGCCUGGUUCCAUCCUUCUCUGAGAAUCCAUUGUGACAUUUACUACCACCCAAGGCAAGAGCAAUGAAGUGCUUGAGCUUGGUUCUGUUAAAUUAAUCUUUCUACAGUUACAGAAAAACUUCAGUCAUAGAGAUGUCAUAUAUUUUGCAUGUUCAAAGUUAUAGCAAGUUUUUUUGCUCACUCAGUUAUACAAAUAUUAAGAAAGAGUACGCAACAAUAAUAUAGAUAAUCUCCAUCUGUACAUUUUACAAAUGUAUUAUUCAAUGCCUUCAAAAUUUUGAGCAAGAUAUUUACUGUUUGUACCACUGUGCGCACAAGUUGAUUCACUGUUCUAUAUCUGUUUGCAUCUCAUUUGUUUUGCACAAGAUGAACAUGCAUGUUGAACUAACAGAAAAAAAUAAUUACACAUCCACUACUUGUGAGAAAAGCUAUAUAAAAUAAUGGCAUUAAUGUCUGAUAAUGAUCUGUUCUGAUGUAUUCACAUGGGGCCACAUGGAAGUUAAGUGAGAAUGAUCAAUGGUGGUGUUAUAUUUUUCUUGGGGCCACAAAGAAGGAGUGAUAAAGGGUGAGAAAUUGAAUUAUGACAGAAUCCGAUUGUUACAAGAUAGUGGAGGGCAGAAUCAUUUAUGAUUUGUGUACAAGUGUUAUAGAAUGUUCGACAGAGAUGUAUUUCCUAAAAUGACAGAGUCUCAGCAACAAAGAGAUGAAAGAGGUAUACAAAGAAUGUGACAGAUCUUUAGAAGAAUAUCACAGCUCUGUAGGUCCAUACAAUGCAAGUGAAUGGUGAUUAUGCCUUUGAAGCUCCAAAAAUAAUCCAUCAGACUCCAGUGGUUUAAUCAAUGUCUUCUGAAGCGAUCCAGUUGGUUUUGGUUGAGAACAGAUCAAAAUAUAACUCCUUAAUCACUGUACAUCUUGCAUUACAGUCUCUAGGUGCAAUCAUGACUUCAAGCUCGAUUACACUCCCUAGUGCUUGACGCAUGCGCAGAGCAUUAGAUGGCGCUAUAGGAAGUGUAAUCAAGCUUGAAAUCGUGAUCAACAAGGAACUGCUGUCAUAAAAAGAGUUAUAUUUUGGUGCGUUCUCACCUAAAUUUAAACUUUAUCAGCUUUUUGAAGCUUCAAACGCCUGAUCACCAUUCACUUGCAUUGUGUGGACCUACAGAUAUUCUUCAAAAAUUCUUUGUCUGUGAUGGAAUGAGGAUGAGUAAAUGAUGAGAGACUUUUCAUUUUUGGGUGGAUUAACCCUUUAAACUAUCCACACUGUGGUUGGACUUCAGGCCUCUGUUUGAGAAAAUGUUUGACGAGGUUAGAAUGGAUGCGUGAUUCAUGUGCUCAUUUCAUCCAUAUAAUGCUGCUUAUGCUGAGGCUGAGUUUGAGUGAGCAUUUAGACAAGCAAGUGAACUCCACUGUGGGGAACUGUACUGGGACUUUUAAAUAUCACAGCUUGGAAAAAACACUUUAUGUCAUAUUAUGUAAAUGUGGCAUCUGACCACAUUUCCUGUUCAUAUUGUGAAUGAUGCUUCUGCCAAACAAGCAUGAAAUCCACUUGAAUCAUUGUGUGAGCUGUUUAACAGCAUUUGUGAAAUUGCCUAGUUGAACUUUGCUUGUUUUCUGAGAAAUAAAAUCAAUGCACUCUAUAUACAAUAUGCAAUAGUGGGUGCCAUUUCUCUUCUAAGGAUAAGAAGGUUGAUCGGAUGUAAAAAUAUACCUGUAAAAAAACAAAUAGGUAGGUUAAUGACAGAGGCAUUUUGAAAUGUGACCUAUGAAGCAAGAGAUAACAUUUUAAAGCAAAGAUAGAGGGAAAAGCGAAUCAGUGACAUUUUGACUUUGGCCAUUACGUAGUGUUUAACACUAAAUGUUCAUUUUCUUUUUAAGUGGUAAUUAUUUAGUAAAGGUGUUUUAUAUUUGCUUUACAUUUUGUGAAAACAUAAUUAACUAAUUUCAGUUAAUGACACUUAAUGUAGUAUUAAUGCUUUGGGAUAUUUGAGGAUUGUAGUGGAAUUAUAUACUUUAGAUGCAAAUGGUGAGAAAAGUACAAUGGGUUUCUGGAUUCUUGGGUGUGGGAAGAUGAGAACUAAUUUGUACUGUCUGAGACAUUA